CAGCACGUUUGUCGGGUGUUGAAUUGGAUGACGAAGAUCUGGAAGAAGUUGAAAAACUGGAAGAACUGGAGUCCGCCAAAGAACUGGAUCUCUGGACCAGAGUUAAAAAAGCCAUCUUUGAUCUCGUUCAGAGAAUGGGUUUCUUUGGAAUUCUUGUUUGUGCUUCGGUAAUACUGCAUCGUAUAUACUUACCUGUGCCUAUAUAGUUUUGUUUUAUAUACCUUCGUUGAUGCUGGAUAAUCCUAUGGAGAUUUUAUUUUUGUGGAGGUGGCCAAUCCUCAAAUGGAACUUGAGCCCUGAUCAACCGAUCGAGGCCCACAUGCAUGGGUGCGCAAGUCAUCUCAAGUUGUAUUAGCACUGUUUAAGAUUGCUUCAAAGAUCAUAAUUUAACAUACAUGAUACGAGUUAGUUACAGUUUGUUGUAAGUUAUUACAAUUUAGUUAUACAGGAAGUUAUUACAAGUUUUUUAGCCUGCAAGUUAUUUAGUUUGACGGUGUCAACUGUCAAGCUUAGAUACAGGUGUUAAGAAUGUGCAACUACCAGAAAAAUAUAAGCACAACGUCGACGUUUCAAGCAAAGGCUCUCGUGGUGUUCAUGAGUACCUAUAAACAUACAGUAUUUCUUGUUAUAAAUCUCUAUCUUUCAUCUCUGACAUUAUACGUAAUAUUUAUUUGUUUAAACUUGAACUUAUGAACAAGUACGUACAGUAUAUAUACUUGUCUCGUAUAAUCUCUGUGCUACAUAAGUUAAAAACUGUCACAAAAUCGAAGUUUAUUAAGUAAUUAUUAGUGAAUACCCACUUAUUUCUAAUAAUGUACGAAUUAUCACUCUUACUAGCACGACUAAGGUAGCUCAAAACUAAUAAGCCUUAGGGUUUCCAUUAUGUUCGCUUGCCAAGUAAUACUAUUAUAGUCUUUUGUGUACAUAAUUCCCUUUUUCUAUUGGCCAAAUAAAUUUGAUUUGAUCCUUGACACCUAUGCUGUUUGUUAUUGUCCCUGGCACAGAAUAUAUAAUUAUUGUUUGUCCAAUCCGCUCCGCGUUUUAUCCGCAUAUUCGCUCUGUCCAUCCGUUCCGCCCCGUAUCCUAAUCCGCUUAUAUACUUUUGUUUUAGAUUCCUAAUCCGUUAUUCGACCUGGCCGGUAUUACCUGUGGUCAUUGUUUGAUACCUUUCUGGACUUUCUUUGGCGCAACAUUGAUUGGCAAGGCGAUCAUCAAGAUGCAUUUACAGGUACAGUAUUCUGUGGAGUUAUGGUCAUCAGGGAUAGAAUGAUCCUAACCAGGACUGGUAGGGUGUCCAUCGAUCCUUGGCCAUAUAGUAUAUAGAGGAUAUUACACGGCGGCGCGAAGAUAUGACUUUUAUCUUUGAGUGGUGAAAACAAUAUUUUACGAACGAGCGCAGCGAGUGAGUAAAAUAUUGUUUUUAACACGAGAAGAUAAAAGUCAUAUCUUCAAGCCACUGUGUAAUGUUCUGUGAAAAAAAGUCAUAUCUCCAAGCCACUGUGUAAUGUCCCAAGCAAAAAAUUGUAUAAAUACUAAAAGUCACGUGAUCGAUAUCUCCAUUAGUGAAGAUAUGGAAAGUAUGUCACUGUGUAUUUCUCAGUAUCUCACUCUCUACUGUAUAAUAAAAGGUUUUCCUAAAACUGGCGUACACACAAACCGCGAAAAGUUUUGAGCAGGUUCCCAUGAGGACGCAUUCAACGACCCCUAGACUUUACAUACAAUUAUGCUAAUAAAAAAAUCCUUUUUUGUUUCUUUAGAAAACUUUCGUCAUUUUAUCAUUCAGUAAAACAUACAUAGAAACUGUUCUUAAGUUAGCUGGGUAAGUUUAAUGUUGUCAUUAUACUCCUUAUGUACUGAUGAAUUUCGUGAUUUUGGCCAUCAGCUAUCCACCUUGUAAACUGAUGUCUAAUACUUCUUAUUUUUUAGCGAUAUUCCAUUUAUCGGCCCAUAUAUUCAAUCACCAUUCAAUAAAGCUUUAGAGAUGCAAAGGAAUAGUCUACGUCGUAAGCCUGGUGAAACGACUGUAAAGGUAAAGCCCAAACCGUCUGCUAGCGUAGGUGUACAUAGUGACAUUAGACUGAUUUAAGCCUGGUUUUCGUAUGGUUGUAACUGUCGCGAACAUGUCGUGAAGUGUUUGUCGUGAAUGAGUUUUAUGCUUGUUUACAUAUGGUUAUAACUGUCGUGACACUUUCGCAAGUUAAUUUCGUACCCAGGGAUCCUACAAGCAUGGAUUGUAAAAUAACUGGAUAGGAGACUUUCUGACGUCAUUGACUCAUCCUUGUCGAAAAACGUGACGUCACGCGUAUUGCGAAAUUGCGAAUAUUGCUAAAGUUCUCAGCAUUUUUGUUGUUUCGCUAUAUUUUUCGCUUUAAAAGAGUAAUAUUGAAGCAUAAACUGGUCUAAUUGUUUUAAAAACAUGCCUAAGCCACGACAAAGUAUUCAAGGUAAAUGUUUUCCGUCUUUGUUUUGUAUUUUUUUAGAUUUGUAGCUACGAAAUUGGCAUCACAAAUUUUAACGAAAUGUACGAUGUAUUUUUCACUAUUUAGUGCUUGAAAUAUUUGCUAAAAUUGACUGGGAAUAUUUAGAGUUUUCAUCUUAGAAUGGCGUGGUUAUAUUUAUUUGCUCUUUGACUAAAAUGUUUUGCUGUAUUAUUGCUAAACAUGCCGUUUUUGAGAAUUUGGUUUGCAACUAGGUUGGGACAUCCAACCACGCCAUCAGCCCAUUGAAAACAUUAGGUCACGUCAGGUAGUUUCCUAUCCAUUUAUUUUAUUAUCCAUGAUACAAGCAGCUGGCGGCAGUUUUAAAAAGAUAAACUGUCGCCACGCUGUCGUAUUUCUGUUUCCAUUAAAACAUAACCGCCACGACACGUUUUUUAGCCUGUCGCAACUGUCGUCGAGAUAGAACUCGAGUCUAUCUCGACGACUCUGUUGUAACUGUCGUGAACUGUCAGGGUACGAAAUAACGGCCGAUCAACGAUCAAUGAUCCGCAGGAAAUUGCUUUUGAUCGGCAAACAAGCAGGGUUGCCGAUCAUCUUGAUCGACAAGAACCAUUGUCUCAAAAACAUGGUUAAUGUCGUUAACGAACACCGUGCAAUACUACGGCAUUAUCACAGAACAUACAAACAGAACGUAUCCUAUACUGAUUGACCAGAUUUUCAUUGACCAGCGGAAAAUCAUGACUGCUGAUCACCAUGAUCGGGAACCUUGGAAACGUUAUUUCGAGCCCUGACUGUUGCCAGCGUGUCGCGACAAGACUUUUCUUCAUGUUUGUGAUGUUACUCUGAGUGUAUAUCCACACCGGGCGAGCUUGAAAAAUAUGCCCGGCCACGGUGGGAAUCGAACCUACGACCUUUGGAAUACUAGCCCAAUGCUCUGCCAACUGAGCUACACGGUCAGGACGGUUCGAGUAAGUAUCGAAGGAACUAGAUUCUGUUCCGAAAUAUCACUGACUCGAACCGUCCUGACCGCGUAGCUAAGUUGGCAGAGCAUUGGGCUAGGAUUCCAAAGGUCGUAGGUUCGAUUCCCACCGUGGCCAGGCAUAUUUUUCAAGCUUGCCCGGUGUGGAUAUACACUCAGAGUAACAUCACAAACAUCAUAUUCACACUUGAGUACACAACACCAACACAGAAAAAAACUUUUCUUCAUGUUUCCAUUUGGUCGCGAACACUGCUCUGACGACAGUUACAACAAGUUCGCGACAUUUACGACCAUAUGUGGAAACCAGGCUUUAGCUCUGAAUCUUGAGCUGAAAUUGAGGCCGCGUCGUCGUGUUUGCCUCGUCGUCUUAUCUAAAUCUGUCUUUUAACACCAGAAAGCUGCGCAUUGUGAGGGAUUCAACAACCUGAAAAGUACAAUUAAAAUUCGACGUUUCGAGCGAAGGCCUUUCAUCGGGGAGUUGGCCUUCUCUGGUAGUUGAAUGACUCUCAAUCCGCAGAUUUCUGGUAUAAAAGUAAAGUCUGUUCAAACGAAGAUGAGAGUUGGUAGGCGAGAGGUCAUUCCCAGGUCAAACGAGAACAAGAGUUGCAUCAGAGUUGAGAAGCGAGAGUUUGCAUGGGAGUUUUCUCAACUCUCAUGUCCCGAUCAAACGAGAACAAGAGUUGAUGAGAGUUGAUUGGAUAUUGCCGCGCGCAUAUCGCAAAAAAUCUCAUCAACUUUCAUCGAAAUUUGAACGAGCUCAAACUAAACUAAUUUUAUUUGUACUGGAUAGCUCUGUCAGUUCUAAACUGUUCCCCUUGGAAUCAUUGUUUCCUACCCAUGUUUCACGAAGGUGGGCAAACCAGGAAACAUUAUUUCCAAUCCAUGUUUCCUGAAGGUGGGCAAAUUUAGAAACAUUGUUUCCUAUAGCCAUGUUUCCUGAAGGUGGGCAAAUCCGGAAAUUUUUAUGAAAUGCGUGGAUUAACGUUGUUUUCGCAACAAAAAUUGCACUUGCAUGGGAAACAAAAUUGCGAGGGCGUCUCUUAAUUCUUGAUUAUAUUCUUGAUCGCUUUUUUCAAAAUACCGAUUUAUGUGCCCUCUGUAUAUUUUGUCGUUCGAAACCUUACUCUUUAAAAAACCAGUGCAUCUGCUUGAAUUUUGAUGGCCCUUUUAGAGAGAACAGUUUAGAACUGAUAUAGGUGCAGUACAACUAAAGUUAGUUCAGUUGAGCUUUCACCCUGUAGUAUAACACUGGAGCAAUAAAGAAUAGCCCUCGCUAGACCUCUAGGGCGAACAUUUUAGAACUGAUACAGCUAUCUAGUACAAUUAGAGUUGGUUCUGGAUAAAAAAGGAAUGGCCCUUCCUGAACCUCUAGGGAGAAAAGUUUGGAAUUGAUAGAGCUACCCAGUAUAAAUGAAGUUAGUUUAAUUUAAUUUAGGUUUCCUCCUGUAGUAACACCGGAUCAAUAAGAGACGAUCCUUACUGGACCUCUAGGAAGAACAUUUUAGAACUGAUAGAGCUAUCCAGUAUAAAUAAAGUUAGUUUAGUGUAGGUUUCCUCCAGUAGUAACACUGGAUCAACAAGAGAUUAUCCUUACUGGACCUCUAGGAAGAACAUUCUAGAACUGAUAGAGCUAUCCAGUAUAAAUAAAGUUAGUUUAGUUUAGGUUUCCUCCUGUAGUAACACUGGAUCAAUAAGAAAUGAUCCUUACUGGACCUCUAGGAAGAACAUUUUAGAACUGAUAGAGCUAUCCAGUAUAAAUAAAGUUAGUUUAGUUUAGGUUUCCUCCAGUAGUAACACUGGAUCAACAAGAGAUGAUCCUUACUGGACCUCUAGGAAGAACAUUCUAGAACUGAUAGAGCUAUCCAGUAUAAAUAAAGUUAGUUUAGUUUAGGUUUCCUCCUGUAGUAACACUGGAUCAAUAAGAAAUGAUCCUUACUGGACCUCUAGGAAGAACAUUUUAGAACUCAUAGAGAUAUCCAGUAUAAAUAAAGUUAGUCUAGUUUAGGUUUCCUCCAGUAGUAACACUGGUUCAAUAAGGAAUGGCUCUUACUGGACCUCUAGAAAAAACAGUUUGGAACUGAUAAAUUAAGCUAUCCAGUAUAAAUAAAGUUUGGUUUAGGUUUCCUCCAGUAGUAACACUGGACCAAUAAGAGAUGACCCUUACUGAACCUAUAGGAAGAACAUUUUUAGAACUGAUAGAGCUAUCCAGUAUAAAUAAAGUUAGUUUAGUUUAGGUUUCCUCCUGUAGUAACACUGGAUCAAUAAGGAAUGGUUCUUACUGGACCUCUAGAGAGAACAGUUUGGAACUGAUAAAUUAAGCUAUCCAGUAUAAAUAGAGUUUGGUUUAGGUUUCCUCCAGUAGUAACACUGGAUCAAUAAGGAAUGGCUCUUACUGUACCUCUAUAGGGCGAACAAUUUGGAACUGACAGUCAGAGCUCUGUAUAAAAAAAGUUACUGUAUGAUAUUUAUAUCCCGUCUUUGUCUACCUUACAUAGAAAACCAGUGCAUUGGCUUGGAUCUUCGAGAAAGUGGUUCUUCUGAUGGUUGCGUAUUUCUUGCUAUCGAUCAUCAACUCCAUGGCACAAUCACAUGACAAGAGACUGCAGGAACAGAAGAGAGCUGCUCCACGAUCCGUUGUCAAAGCACAGUAAUGGUAAAUUAUUGUAGAAAAUUUAAGAAUAUUCUCGCCACGCAUGUGAAUUCAGCUAAUAAGCCAAUUCAGAGUCUAGACCCGCGCGUCCAAAUGACACGUUCUUCUUUGGGAUAUAUUGCAGUUGGGCUACAGGUUGUAAUAAAAAAACGAGCCCUAAUUUAGAAAUGAAGCUAUUGUUGGAAUUUGAAUGCGUAGCACUGUGCUAAACCCACGCGUGCGUAAAACAGAACAGAAGUGAAUUUUAUGCAUGAUGAAGUUAUUUAAAACCUAGCUUGUUUUCGUCCAACAUAUGAAAUAUGUGCUGAUUAAUUUAACGCUGCGUGGAAAACAGUAAUUUGACAAUUUUUGUGCAGUUACUGUAUGCUCCUUCAUCAGGGCCG